AAUAAGAAGGCAGGCCGCCGGAAACGGGACCAUAAGUUCUCCCGUAUUAAUAGUCUUGGCCGCCAUAUCCGGGCUCAGCAUCUCUGUCCUCGGGCUGCCGGCGAAGGCUUUGACUGUCCAUACCAAGGGUACUCGGCCUUCAUAGGGAGUGCUCUACACUUCGUAACCCAUACGAAACAUCAGCAUGGAUUGAGUCUUUGA